AUGAAUCUUUGUGUUUUUAUAAUCAUCUCGAUUCUCUUGCUACUCACGACUACAACUGCCAGCCAAUUGGUAGCAGGGGGAGAAGAAGGAGGAGAUGAUAGAAAUGGUGCUAAUAUGAACAAGUGUCUGGAAAAGGAGAGACUUGCUCUCCUUCUUUUCAAAGCUCCCCUUUAUGAUCGCCGAGGCAUUCUAGCUUCAUGGAGAGCUGACAAUCAUGACUGCUGCAAAUGGAGAGGAGUCACCUGCAGCAACCAAACAGGUCAUGUCACAGGGCUUGAUAUCAGUCAUUUUGAUCUUGGAGGUGAGAUUAGCCAUACGUUUCUUAACUUAACUUGCUUGAAUCAUCUUGAUCUUUCCUACAAUUCUUUGUUGAAUGGAACCAUUCCCAGGUCAAUUGGUUCAUUGACUCGAUUAAGGUAUCUUGAUCUUUCCUACAAUCAUCUUAAUGGAACCAUUCCCGGGUCCAUUGGUUCCUUGACCGAAUUAAGGCACCUUGGCCUUUCCGAUAAUUCUUUUUAUGGAACCAUUCCUCCAGAGUUUGGAAACCUCACCAACUUGCAAUACCUUAACCUUGGAUCCGUUGGAAGGUACAGAGUUGAAAACAUAGAGUGGUUGUCGCAUCUCUCACAUUUGGAGUGGCUAAGAAUGGAUGGGAUUUCCCUAGCCAAACAAAAUUACUGGGUAGAUGUAAUUCUGAGUCUCCGGAACCUCUCAUAUUUAUCUUUAGAGGGAUGUGAGCUGUCAAAGAUCAUAUAUCCAUAUUCUUUGUUUCUCAACUCCUCUUUUUCAUCUGUUGAGUCCCUUUAUCUCGGUGACAACAAUCUCACUUCAUCCAUGUAUCGUUGGUUGCUACCAUUAACCAGCAAUAAGCUUCGUUUUCUUUAUCUCUCUAGCAACAUGUUAGAUGGGAUACCUAAAUAUCUUGGUAACCUCUGUAGUCUGGAAACUUUGUACUUCAAUAACAACUCUGCAGUGGUCAAAUUUCCUGAUUUUCUCAACAACUUGUCCGGAUGCACAUCACAUACAUUACAACUGUUGUAUGCUAUUGGAAGCCAAUUUACAGAGUCAGUUUCCGAUGAGAUCCAAAAGUUUUCAUCCCUAAAGUCCUUGGACCUGUCUCAUAAUCACUUAAAUGGAAGUAUAAGUGAGAAACUGUGGGAGCUACCCAGGCUUCAAACUCUUGACGUUUCUUUUAAUAAUCUUAGAGUUCCUUCCACAUAUCACUUGUCAAGCCUUUCUUACUUACAUUUUAUUGAUAUGAGGUCUUGCAAGCUGUUAGGGCCUCGCUUCCCCAAAUGGAUUCAGACAUUCAAACGUCUCACCCGUCUUGAUAUUUCCAAUGCUGGUAUUUCAGACACAACUCCUCUGGGGUUUUGGGACAUGUGGCCUUAUCAAUUAGAUUAUCUAAAUCUCUCUUCCAACAACAUUAACGGGAAAGUACCAGAUUUAUUAUCAAAUUUUGCCAAAUAUUCAGCGAUAGAUUUGAGUUCAAACAACUUUUAUGGUCCAAUAACAAAUGUUUCUUCCACUUUGUUAUCAUUAAAUCUUUCCAAAAACAAUUUCUCUGGAGGAAUCGCAUUUAUAUGCCAAAUUUUUGAUGGGUUAUUAUUUCUUGACCUCUCUGAUAACUCAUUUAUCGGACAACUCCCGGAUUGUUUGUGGCAUUUCAAACGACUAAAAGUUCUUAAUCUCAGACACAAUAAUCUAUUUGGAAGACUUCCUCCCUCUGUUGGAUCUAUGACAGAACUUGAGGUGUUAUAUUUGUCCAAGAACAACUUCUAUGGAGAAUUGCCUUUGUCAUUAAAAAAUUGCACCAGCUUAAAGUCGUUGAAUUUGGGGGCCAACAAGUUUUCUGGUAAUGUGCCUCUCUGGAUUGGGGAAAACUUAUCAGGUUUGUAUGUUCUUAUUCUAAAAUCAAACAACUUCUUUGGAACCAUCCCACUACAGUUAUGUCAAUUAUCCAAUCUUCAAAUUCUAGACUUGUCAAUGAACAAUCUCCAUGGAAUCAUCCCCUCAUGUUUGGGUAAUCUUACAAGCAUGGUUCAACAAGAAUUCUUACAAGGUGUAGAGUUUUAUAAAACUUCAGUAAAUUAUUCUUAUGAAAUUGAGACAUAUGUUGACCAUGCGAUAAUUCAGUGGCAAGGUGAUGAACGAGAAUUCUUUAGCACAUUGAAAUUGUUAAAGAGCAUUGACCUGUCAAGCAACGACUUAACAGGAAAUAUCCCGUAUGAAAUUACUAAUCUCUAUGACUUGAUUGCCCUGAACUUGUCAAAGAACAAACUAUCUGGAGAAAUUCCAUCGACAAUUGGUGAGAUGAACAACCUUUUGACUUUGGAUUUAUCUAGAAACAGUUUUUCAGGGCGGAUACCAUCAAGCAUGUCUCAUAUGAGUUUACUGAAUUACCUAGACUUGUCAUUUAAUAACUUGUCGGGGAGAAUCCCAUUUAGCACUCAACUUCAGUCCUUUAACCCUUCAAGAUAUGAUGGAAACACAGGACUAUGUGGACUUCCCCUUCCCAAGAAUUGCCCUGUAGAUGAAAAAUCAAAAGUACCACCUCCUGCUGGUAAAAGUGAGGGUGAUGAGGAAGACAUAGAUGAAGUUCAAAGAUGGUUUUAUAUUGGUGGGGGGAUGGGUUUUGCUACUGGAUUUUGGAUACUUCAAAGACUAGAUUUAUGUGAAGGUGAUGGUAUUCAAUUAUUCAUUGCAAAUUUGAACCUUGUGAAGAGCCUGUCAAAACCAACAAAGUGGUAUCAGAGCCUAACCUCGUGUAUGCCCAAGUAUCAAUUUCGUGAAGAGAUGUCGGGAAGCAAUGACAAUGGUGAAAAAGAUGGGUAA